UUCAGUAACCUGAUUACCCCAGCUGUCAGUCUGAAUAAGGCCAGGCUUUGGGGUCCUCCCGUCCCCUGAUCCUCACGAUGGGAUAGAGCUGACCCGCCCAAAGAGUCUGGAGACAACCUCAGAAGAGGAUGGACACGAGCACACGGAGCCGGGAAAGAGCCGGGGACUAAAUGAGUCUGCAGCUCCACCAUUGAUUGGCUUUCUUCCAGCAGAAGUUCCAAAGCUCAACAAAGACCCUGAAUCAAUCUUUGGACUUAACUAAACAAGUCAGAGUGCUGCAGGAUACUGAAGACCCCCCCCCCCCCCCCAAGUCUGCACUUGGCAGCUCCAAAAAACUAUGGCACAGAGCACGCUGGAUGCUAAUCCUGCCAAGUUGAUCCAAAAUCCAAAGCCUGACAUCAAGGACUCAAGAAGCGAGCCUGCGUCGGCCGCGCCGGUCAAAGUCAGACCUGCGGACCUGGGGCUGAUUCGAAGCUUGUCCAAGUCAGACUCGGACUUGUUGGCGUCACCGCUCGGAGAAGAGGAUGGAGGUCUGGCUGGCCGCAGUGGGUCGGUGUCUAAUUGCAGCUCGGGGCGGCCGUCCAUGGAGCGCAUGCCUUCCUUUGCCUCCGAGUGGGAUGAGAUCGAGAAGAUCAUGGACCUGAUUGGAGCAGGCAUAGAGACGUCCAAGAGCAAACAGCCCACACGCAGCUCAGAUGGGGCCUGCGGUAGAGCCCUGGACCAGCCGGUGGGAGAGUGGCUGGAGCACGUGGGGCUGCCGCAGUACGAGAGCAAGUUCCUGGUCAAUGGCUUUGACGACCUGCGAUUCAUGGGAGGUAACGUGAUGGAGGACCUGGACCUCAGAGACGUUGGGAUCACCGACCCAGGCCACAGGAAGAAGAUCCUCCACGCCGCGCGCAACUUGCCCAAGGUGAAAGCUCUGGGCUGUGAUGGCAGCACGUCUCUGGCCUCUUGGCUGGACGGCCUCGGUCUGCAUGAGUACCUGCCCAACUUCCUGUCAAGCGGCUACCGCACGCUGGAGUGUGUGAAGAACCUGUGGGAGCUGGAGAUCGUCAACGUGAUUAAAAUCGGCGCCCUGGGCCACAGGAAGAGGAUCAUCGCCUCCCUGGCAGAGAGACCCUACGAGGAGGCUCCCAGCAAGUCCCGGCGUCUGUCCCCCAUCAUGUUUCAUGACCUCCUGUCCCAGACCACGUCCCCCCUCGGUCAGAUGGACCCCUACACCAGUCGCUCCAUGGACAUGCUCCUGCCGCUGAGCGACUCGGACCGCCGGCGGAGAGCAGCCGACCAGGACUGUAGUGUGUCCCUGAGGUCGUACAGCGAGAGGCCGCGCUCUGUAGACAGACAGAGCGAGCGGCACAAAGACUCUCGUAUAAACCUCCGGCCACCGAGCCAGUCGGCGACCUACGCCACGGUGUCCGCCUGGCAUCACCAGCCAGAGAAACUCAUCCUGGAGUCCUGCGGCUACGAGGCCACCUACCUCGGAUCAAUGAUCAUCAGGGAUCUACGAGGGAUCGAGUCCACACAAGACGCCUGCGCCAAAAUUAGGAAAUCAAAAGACUCUAGAAAGGGUCCAGUUGUCAUCCUGUCCAUCACCUACAGGGGGGUCAAGUUCAUCGAUGCAGCCACGAAGUCCAUCGUCGCAGAGCACGAGAUCAGGAACAUCUCCUGCGCCGCCCAGGACCCAGACGACCUCUGCACUUUUGCUUACAUCACCAAGGAUCUGAAGAGCGGCCACCACUUCUGUCAUGUCUUCACCACCGUGGAAGUGACGCAGACCUACGAGAUCAUCCUGACCCUGGGACAGGCCUUCGAGGUGGCCUACCAGAUGGCGAUCCAGUCCAGGGCGAGACAGUACGUCCCUCCCCCUUCGUCUCAUGUCCCGGAGGUCAUCGAGACCAAAACCACCCGUCCUGCGUCCCAGUCGUGGAGCAGCAUGCGGAGAUCAGCAAUCGACCCCCUGGAGAUGGACGCAGACAUGCAGUCCCUGGGCAGCACCAACUGGCUCUUGGACCAGCGCGACUCCAACAGGCGCCCCGUCAGCACCAAGUACGAGACCACCAUAUUCUGAGGCCGGAC